AUGCGCAAUCCAGCAGCUUUCCUCAGCAUCAUCACACUGAUCAUGUUGGGUCAUUCACCUUUCAAGAGCCGAUCUAAUGAUAGUGUUGUAAUGGCAAUUCCACUCGAAUAUGCCUCCUCAACAAGAGAGUAUUUCAAUGAAAUACCGCAGAAUAACUCCAUCUCAAUAGAGACAACCAUUCUGGUGGAUAUUUUACCAGUGGAAUAUUCAGCGCUCAACAAUACUAAACGUCGCACUGUCCACACGUGUCAAGAGAAAGCAACACUAAAAAGAAAUGCCAAACCACCGGCAGGACUCGAACCCUCCACCUCGCCUCCAGCCCAUCCACCAGAAGAUGGAGGCUCUAACCGACUGAGCUAA